GGACCAAGUUACAGUGUCCCAGUUUCAUGCUUGCUGCUCAGCCAGAGGGUUUGGACCGAGGCUGAGGUUGGACAGCCUCACCCAGGAUGGAGAGCCUGACUCUCAGACCUUGUCAGCUCCUCAGCUUCCUACAGCUGCCUUACUGAUUCAGGGCGGAGGGAAGAAUUGGCCCUCACAAUCUACAAAUGUGACCUUUUGGGGGCCAGUUUUUGUGUAGGUGGGUAGAGGAUUCAGGGAGGAGGUGAGACAGGUCAGGUGGAGGAGCAGCACGAGGGUGUCUGAGGGGCACUCUUUAGCUGCAUCGACCCCCUGGCUGGGGGUGCAGAAAGGCUGGCUGGAACGUGCCCUGCCGCAAGCCGGGCAAGGAUGAGACGCUUCCUGAGCAGAAAGGGCCGCUUCUCCUUGCGCCAGAGCAAGUCUGGGACACGGAGUGCCGCCAAAGAUUUCUACCUUGGUCUCCCUGCCACCAACCAGAACUGGCCAGAGGCCUUUGGCUUCAGGCUUGGAGGCACUGGGCCCAGCUACAUCCUGUCCGUCAUGGAAGGCAGCAGUGCAUUCCUUGCCGGCUUGCAGCCAGGUGACCAGGUGGUGGACAUUGAGGGCCAGGAUGUGACCAACCUCAGCACACCAGCUCUGAUUGCUCUAGCUCAAACCCUCAAGACUGUACCACCCAGCAUUGGCGUUGUUUCACGGAUUGAACAGAUUGACAUCACCCCAGGCCCAGACGGGCGUUUUGGCUUCACCAUCGUGGGGGAUAGCCCUCUGAUGGUGGAGGAAUGCAUGCCUGGUGGUCCAGCUGCAUGCGGUGGCCUCAAAAUCAAUGACUACGUCAUGGAGGUCAACGGCAUCCCGGUGAAGCAUCACGAAACAGCAGCAGCCAUGAUCAAGGCAGCGCAGGGCCGACCCCUCCGACUGGGCGUGCUCAGCAUGGCCCGCCGACCCAAGCGGCUGAGCAGCAGCAUGAGGGUACUGUCACAGAGCGGAGACAGCAUCAGGGACAGUCGUGCUCACAAGGCAAUGGAAUUCAAUAAAAAGGUUGAGGAGGUUCUUGGAGAAGAGCCUGAUGUGAAGGAACAGCUGUUUGAGGUGCUCAAGCAGUACGCUGCUGACAGGGAUGUGGAGAGUCUGGCUGAAGCCUUGCCUGACAUUUUGAUUACAGAAGAUCAUCAGCAGCUGAUCGACAGUGUCAGGAUCUUCAUUCCCAAAAAGCACCGGGAGCGUUUCGACGAGGUGGUUUCUCAAAGCCUGAUGAGCAGGCUGAAGGGCCGCAGCUUUAGCGACCCCAGCCGUAGCCACCUCCGCCGCAGCCGUAGCGAGGACCACCCCGAGCGUCUCCUUGUCUCCACACGGGCCAGUUCGGUACCACGCACCCACGCAGAGGAAGGCGUGGUGCCCCCUGCCAGAGGCAUGCGCAAGACUACCUCCCUCAUAGCUGGCCAUUCGAGUUGUACCACCACCACCAACUGCAGGACAGUCAGAGUUUGUAAGGGCAACAUGAGUUUUGGCUUCACUCUUAGAGGCCACGCGCCAGUAUGGAUUGACUCCGUGAUCCCUGGAAGCCCUGCAGACAAGGCAGGUUUAAAACCUGGAGAUCGGAUUCUGUUUCUGAAUGGGCUGGACAUGAGGACCUCUUCUCAUGAAAAAGUUGUGUCCAUGCUCCAAGGAAGCGGAGCCAUGCCCACCCUGGUUGUAGAGGAAGGUCCGCCUACUUUUCCUCUGGCCGAGCAGGACCUCCCCGGGGGUGGCGCUCCCACUGAGCGUGCACGCUCUCCAGUGCUCAGCUCCCUGCAGUGGGUGGCUGACAUCCUGCCUCCCAGCAUCAGGGUCCAGGGGCGUACUUUUGGACAACAGCUGGAACAUCUCCUGACCAUCCAGGAGAGGUAUACCAUCUGCAAGGCUUUGGAGAACUUCUUCCAACACAGGAAUGUUGACACGCUGAUUGUGGAUGUGUUCCCGGUGCUUGAUACUCCGGCCAAACAGGUCAUCUGGCAGUUUGUUUACCAGCUGCUGACCUAUGAAGAACAGGAACACUGCCAGAACAAAAUUUCACGAUUUCUUGGAUAUAAAGCACCAGUUCCACCACCUCCUCCUCCUCCUCCCCCUCCUCCUCCGGAGCCCGAGUCUGCUGCCCCUGAGCCCCACCGCCGUAGCAGCUCCAUGAGGGUGACAGGGACCACAUACAGAAGUAGUGUUAGGGGACGUAGCUCUGAUGACCUGGUCAUUGGCACACACUUGGGCAUGGGCGUCCGUGGAGAGCCAGGACAGGAGACUGGUAUGAGGUUGGCCCCAGGAGAAAGACAGUCAGGAGACGGAACAUCUCUUCCUGAGACUCCCAACAACCUCACCAAUCUGUCAGCUGUGUACGCUGAGCUGGAAAAUAUGUACUCCGCUAAGAGGUCCAAGUCAUUGAAGAGUCGUCCUCCUCCUGCUCCUGAGAGUUUGCUGGACCUGGAACCUUUAUCCUGCACAGGGUCUCCUACAAGGAAUGCUAACACAGGGGCCCACAAAAGCUCCUCGCCCCAUUCCUCAUGGCCAGACCCUCUUCCCAGUCCCCCCUCAGCCGAGUUCUACCCACCCGGCUUGACAAACCAGAACAGUGGGGAGUCUAACCCCUACAUAAGCCUGGACAGCCCCCCUCCCUCACCUCUCGAACAAGACUUUCCGUCCAGUCCACCUGUUUACCGCAGCAACAAACGGCGGUACACCUUCUCCAAACCUCCGCGUUCAGAAGACACAGAUCGCUUUCUGGAUGCGCUGAGCGAGCAGCUGGGACAGAGGGUGGCGAUUGUCGAUGAUUUCCUGAACCCUGACAAUGACUACGAAGAGGAUGUUGUGCAGAUGGGCUUCCCAGAUGAGGACGAUGAAGAUAAUGAAGACGAGCUUGGUGUGGACGAGGAAGAAAAUGGAGGAUUCUUAGCUCCAGAGCUAAGCAGCCCAAGUGAUGUCCAAAGCAGCAGUGGUGAAGAGAAUGCCUCAUCCCUCACAUACUCCUCUUCCUCUGAUCACAUUCCUCCUCCCCCUAUGACACCACCUCCACCCCCACCUGUUCAGUUCAACGACCCACCACCUCCUCCUCCGGCACCCCCACAGAGUCCACCUCAACACCAGCUACAGCAGGAAUCUAAUAGCUACACUCCUGAGCACAUGCCAAGGGCAUACGUGCCAAUCCGUCGGAAAUCUGGCCCCCCUCCACCACCACCUCCACGCAGUAAUCCACCACCAAAACGCCACUCCUUGCAUAAAGUCCUCCCUACAAGAGACGAUCUACAGGUCCAAGCCACCUUACAGGAGCUUAAAGCAUUCCAGGAGAGACAACAAGCUUACGAGGAGAGGCAAGCAUAUGAGGAGCAAAAAGCCUACGAGGAGCAACAGCUUUAUCAGGAACAACAGGCCUUUAAGGAGAAAAUUUUCAAAGAGAGACAAGCUUAUGAAGAGCAGAAGGCUUACGAGGAGCAAAAAAUGUACGAAGAGCAACAAGCCUACCAAGACAGACAAGCCUAUGAACAGCAACAAGCUUACCAGGAACAAAAAGCACACAAGCAGCAUCAAGGCUACAAAGAACAGAAGGCGCUUCAAGAGCUACACGCCUACCAGGAGCAAAAAGCCUAUGAGGAGCGUAGAGUUUACGAGGAACGCCAAGCAUAUCAAGAGAUGCAGCAGAUCUACCAGAGCCACCAGUCUAUGCCUGCUCAGCCAACACAACAGAAGGCCCAUUCACCUCUUCCUCUCCAACAACCGCACCAGUCCUUGCCUCCGCUCCCCUCCCAAGAGACCACGCAUCAACAUGCUAACCACCCUCUUUAUAUGAUGCGACAAGUACAGCAGCAGCAACUGGCCCACCAGAGUCACCACCACAGACGCUUGUCUCGUUCAGCGCCUCCACCACAUCAGCCAUCACCCCACCAGCAAGUCCGCCCCAGGCAGCAAGGUCAGUUUGCAGAGGGAAUCUACCAAAGUCAUCAAGGCAUAAGACCCCAACCCCACCAUUCAUCAACGGAGAUACUCCACCAAGGUCCGGUACAUCAUUCCUCCACUGAGAUGCUCCAUCAGCUGUCCCAAUCCCAAGCCCACCACUCAUCAACUGACAUGCUCCUGCAAAUGCAGCAGGUCCAAGCUCACUACUCGUCAUCAGAAAUGCUUCACCAAAUGCACAAAGGCAAGGCCCAUCACUCCUCAACUGAGCUUUUACAGCAAUCUCACCAAAUGCAGCAAAUGCAGCCUCACCACUCCUCAACCGAACUUCUCCAUCAGGCUUCCCAGAUGCACCGAGGCCAAACCCACCAUUCAUCAAGUGAGCUCCUCCAUAAGAUCUAUCAACCCAAGCCCCAUCACUCAUCUACAGAACUUCUUCAUCAAGCCACUCAAAUGCACCAACCCAAGGCCCAUCACUCCUCCACGGAACUUCUGCAUGAAAUUCAGCAAGAACCUGCCUCUCUCCCGGUCCAGUUUACGCGUGAGAGCCAAUCGCAUCAGAGUCGCAGGAGUGUUAAAGGUCAUCAUCAGACAGAUAUGUCAUUGCAGGGAAGACACAAAGACCAGCAGAUCCAACAAAUGCACCAACCCCAGCCCACCAAACCUUCUCCCCAAAGACCCCAUUCCAUCCAGCAGACUCACCACCAUUCCAGUUCACCUCAGAUCCACCACAUCCACCACAUGACCCCACAGCCGCCUCCUCCCCAGAGCUACCAACAUCAAAUUCAAGUCAUCCAUCCUCCUCAGCAGCCCCACAGGCCACAGCCGCUUCUUUCCACCUUUCAACCCCUUCAGCCUCACCAGCCCACCCUCUCCACCUUCCAGCCUCUGCCCCAGCUCCACCAAUCACAGCAUCAGGUCCAGUCCGCCACCCAAACUGGUCGUCCACAGUCACAGCCCUCACAUCACCUUCUGCAGUCCCAACAACAGCAUCAAGCCCAGGCUCACAACAAGCAAUCUCACAACCAGAGUCAGCCACAGUCCCUUCCUCACUCCAUAUCUGAUCCCACAGAGCUUCUGGGACCACCUCCUCCUCCACCCCUCCCACCCCCAUGCUCCCCUCCACCACUGCCAAGACCCAGUCUGUCCCGAAUGGACUCACAUCACAUGAGUGUCAAGAGGCUCCGAUGGGAGCAGGUGGAGAAUUCAGAGGGGACCAUAUGGGGACAGUUGGGAGAAACUUCCGAUUAUGACAAACUGCAUGACAUGGUGAAAUAUUUGGAUCUGGAGCUGUACUUUGGGACACAGAAGAGCUCACUGCCUGCUCCAGAGCCUCUUCCGCACCUGGAAACCUUCAAGAAGAAAGAUGUUAUAGAAAUUCUGUCCCAUAAAAAGGCUUACAAUGCCUCCAUCCUGAUAGCCCACCUGAAGCUUUCUCCUGGGAGCCUGCAUCAGGUCCUGAUGAACAUGGCUGCAGACAGACUGGAGGCAGCCCACAUCAAACAGCUACUGCUGUACGCUCCCGAUGCUGAGGAGGUGAAAAAAUACGAAGAAUACAGAGAGGACCCCAGCAAACUCAGUGAGCCAGACCAGUUCAUGCUGCAGAUGUUGUCUGUACCAGAGUAUAACACCCGUCUGCAGAGCCUCCUCUUCAAGUGUUCACUUCAGGAGAAGACGGAGGAGCUAAGGGGAGCCUUUGACUGUAUCAUCAAGGCCUCAAUGGAGCUGAAAACCAGCAGGAAACUGGCUAAGAUACUAGAGUUUGUGCUGGCAAUGGGAAACUAUUUAAAUAACAGCCAACCUAAAACCAACAAGACCACAGGCUUCAAGAUCAACUUUCUGACAGAGCUAAGCACUACUAAAACUGUUGAUGGAAAGUCAACGUUUCUGCACAUCUUGGUCAAGUCGUUGUGUCAGCACUUUCCGGAAGUGUUGGAUUUUUCCAAAGAUCUUACCAUGGUCCCUCUUGCAGCAAAAGUGAAUCAGAAGACUAUCUCAUCGGAUGUGAAUGACAUCCACACAACCAUCCAGGACAUCCGCUCAGCUUGCCAGAAGAUGCCGGUGACUGCAGAGGAUCGCUUUGCCAUCGUCAUGAGUAACUUCCUGGAAAAUAGCCAUCCAGCGAUCCAGUCCCUGGAAUCGCUCGAGCAGAGAGCCAUGGAAGAAUUCAGCAAAACAGCCUCAUACUUUGGUGAAGACAGUAAAGCCACCACUACAGAGGCUUUCUUUGGUAUAUUUGCAGAGUUUAUGAACAAGUUUGAGAGAGCUCUCAGUGAUCAACAGGCAGCGGAAAUCCCAAAGAGCCCCAGAAGUCCUCGAAUGGCCUCCCCGCAGGCCUGGUAACACACACAUUAACAUGCAGAUGAGACUGAAACAUUUCGCACACAGAUACAGACCUGAGGUAUGCAUAACAUGCAAAACAUGCGCACACAAGCUAAAUGAAAAAGGGAAACCGAACGAUGGAUAUUUUUUUAUGUUGAACCCAUAAAUGUCAGUGUUGUUCAUGUUCUAUCCUGCAGAGAAAACAAGUGUCGUGAUCAAUAACUUUAUUAUGUUUCAACAUAUCUUUACUGUCUGAAAGCUAGAUACUCGGUAAAAUACCUUUAGUUUAAGUUUUAUUUCUCCAAGAAUCAGUGUAUUACGGUACAACAAUGAUAAAAUAAAAUAAAAUCUUGUAGCAUAUCUUUAAUUAAGACACAUUUAUAUAUUUAAUCUUCAAAUAGAUAUGAGCUUUAAUCAAGACUUGUUCACUGCACUAUGUGGUUCUGCAGAAAUCACAGAAGCUGUGGAAAUAGUUGACUUGUUCUUUACCUUUGUCAGAUGCCCACCACACUGAAUGUACCACAGGCUCUUUACGUGUUUUCUUAAGUAAAUACAGUGUCUUGCGAAAGUAUUCGGCCCCCUUGAACUUCUCAACCUCUUGCCACAUUUCA